AUGCCGGAUGGCCGUGCCCGGCGAAAAGGAUGCCUGGCAGACUGGGGCCCAGACACUCUUGCGGCGAGCUGCAAUGUCUGUGGCUGCGCUUGCUGGGUCGGAGCCGCCAGAGUAACGGCCCUUCGGCCUCCAGCGAUGGACACAAGUCCGGACACGCCGGAACAGACACCCCUCGUGUCUUCCAUGGAGCUCUGGUGGCUUCGGCUGGCCUACGACGGCACAGACUACGCUGGGUGGCAGAAGCAAUCUGAGGAAGUGCGGACGAUUCAAGGGGAGGUCGACAAGGCGCUCGCAUUGGUGUUUCGGAGCAGCAUUCGCACCGUGGGGGCAUCUCGCACUGACAGUGGCGUACAUGCACAAGGUCAAGUCUGCCACUUUGAGGCGCCGUCGGUGUGGGCGGACAGCCAGGGUCGGCUCGGAGCAGCGGCGGCCCUGCGUCGCCUGAGACUGACGCUCCCAAAGGCGAUUUUGGCCUUGGAACUUGGCCUGGCGCCCAGUGGCUUCCAUUCUCGACUUAGCGCGUUGAAGAAGCAGUAUUCUUACAGACUCUCGACGGAAAGCUUGGUAAUGCCCUUUGAAGCACGACGAUGCUGGAUUUGCGGCGAUUUGAACUUGGACGCCAUGCAGAAGGCGGUCGAUGCGCUGAGCGGAAAAGAGAUGGAUUAUUCUGCGUUCAGCACGGGCGAGAAUGACCCUGACUACCAUGGGCCCAUGGUGAAAACAGUUGAUAUUUCUCUGCAAGUAGAUGGGCCUGAUAAGAUUUUCAUUCGAGCGGAGUCGGAGCGCUUUCUGUACAAGAUGGUUCGACGGCUUGUCGGUGGCCUUGUUGAAGUUGGCAAGGGCCGAUUGGAAGCUUCGUGCUUAGAGUCAGCUGACCGUCGUCAGAUACCGACAGCACCGCCCGAAGGCCUCAGCCUGGAGGACGUGAUGUACCCAUUUACUCUGAACUGA